AUGCCCACUAGAGGCGAAACAACAUCUCCAACAGAAGGUUUUGAAGCAACCUCUAUCCUUCACACCACAACGAAACCUGCACGAAGAAAACGAAUGGAGCGUUCAAUGAACAACAAUGGUUCGAUUUCAACUGCCAUAUCAGCCCAGGCUGAUUUUAUUCUACACAAUAACAAUAAUUUGAAGAAUGAAAGACUGAGUCCGAUUACACCGGAUACUUCCAGUAGAUCUAGAUCUAUUACUCCUAGCUCUUCUUCGCAUCCCGAUACUCCCCCAACACAAGAAAAUCCAAUGCUAGCAGGAAGAAAUUACAGUGACUUUAUGAGAAGCUUAGCUGCAAAGUAUAAUAAUACGAAUCCAAAUGACUAUUUUAAUGCCGCAAGAAAUGGUUUUCCGCCACCCAUCGAUCCCAGAUUCAAGCCAGCCUUUCCCAGUCUUCUUCCUAUCACACCACAAAACAAAGAGAAUGAUGCAAGUAAUAAGAGGCCGGAUUUUUCUGUCAUGAAUCCCUUUAGCAACGUAACGGGAGCUGCUAUGUUCCCACCUCUAAUUGAUAUGUCAUCGACACAAACUUUGAUGGCAUUAGUGAAGACCGCCAAGGAAGCUGAGCUACAGGGUUUACUUAAAAACAUCAAACGUCCAGAGUCCUCCUCCCCUUUAGAUCUCUCCGCCGCUGCACCUCCUGCGAAAAGGCCACGAACCAAAACUCCUCUAGGAGGUAGCCCGAGAAGUAGUCCGACAGGUGCUGGCUGUUCUGUGACGAGAAUUCCCAAAAGGUCAGAAAGUGAAAGCCCCAAAUUACAUGAAGACAUCUCAAACUGGUCCGUUGAUGAUGUGUGUAACUUCAUAUCAAGUAUUGAUAUUUGCGCAGAGUAUACACAGCUAAGAUAUCCAGAAUAUGUACAAGACACUGAUCCUCAAGCAGUUCGUUUGGCUGAUAUUUUAUUUCCCGGUGAUGGUUUCCAAAGAAAUCUCAGAAGUAACAGUAAAAACCGAUACCAAGGAAAACGUGGCAGCAAGUGUUUCUUUAAUGCUAGUAAUUUAAAAGCUCUUGAAGCAGUAGGACAAGCAGAUCAGAGAAGACUUAAUUAG